AUGUGCGCGGCUGAGGUGGACGAUCACGUCGCCCAGAGAUACCUGCUCAGGCGGCGGCUCGGGAAGGGGGCGUAUGGCAUCGUGUGGAAGGCAGUGGACCGCAGGACUGGUGAGGUUGUGGCCAUCAAGAAGAUCUUCGAUGCCUUUAGGGACGAGAUGGACGCCCAGAGGACCUUCCGGGAAGUUGCACUGCUCCAGGAAUUCCAGGGUCAUCCCAACAUCAUUCGCCUCCUGGAUGUGAUCCCAGCGGCCAAUGACAAGGAUCUUUACUUGGUGUUUGAGUCUAUGGACACUGACCUGCAUGCUGCCAUCUGCAAGGGGACCCUGCUGAAGGACAUCCACAAACGCUACAUCUUUGCCCAGCUACUGCGGGCCACCAAGUUCAUCCAUUCUGGAGGCGUCAUCCACCGGGACCAGAAGCCAGCCAACGUCCUCCUGGAUGCCAACUGUGUGGUGAAGCUUUGUGACUUCGGCCUGGCGAGGCCCCUGAGCGGCCUCCCGCAGGGGCCUGAGGGCCAGGCGCUGACCGAGUAUGUGGCCACCCGUUGGUACCGGGCUCCCGAGGUGCUGCUGUCCUCCCGCUGGUACACCCCGGGGGUUGACCUGUGGAGCCUGGGUUGCAUCCUGGGGGAGAUGCUGCGGGGUCGCCCUCUGUUCCCCGGCACGUCCACACUCCACCAGCUGCAGCUCAUCCUCGACACUGUGCCGCCUCCAUCCCAGGAGGACCUCCAGGCUCUCGGCUCCGGCUUCAGCGCCGCCAUCAGGCACCGCCUGCACUGCCGGCCACCGCGGCCUCUGGACACUCUCCUGCCGCCCGACACGCCCCCGGAGGCCCUGGACCUCCUCGGGAAGCUGCUGGUGUUCGCCCCGGACAAGCGUCUGAGCGCGGCGCAGGCGCUGCGGCACCCUUACGUGCAGAGGUUCCACUGCCCGGCCAGCGAGUGGGCCCUGGACUCGGCCGUGCGGCUCCCGGGGCAGCAGGAGCGGCUCUCGGAGCGCGAGUUCCGCAAUCGCCUGUACCGGAUGGUCGCCGAGCGCAGAGAGAGCGGCCCGGGGGGCGCCGUGCUCGGGGAGGGCCCGGCUUUCCGUCCCCGCGCUGCGCCGGACCCCCGACAGCCGCCCGGAGCCCCCGACGGAGCCCAGAACGGUCCCCGGGAGGACGGGGCAGGACCGCGGGAAGGUCGUCAGCACCCCGCCCCGCAGGCGGAGCCCUCCGCGCCCCCCGCGCCCUCCCUGACCUCUCAGGCCGCCGCAGGGAUGGCCAACCGGGCCUUGAUCCGGAGUGAAGGGAACCCAGGCCGAGGGGCCAGGAUGGGCGGCGAGCGACGGGUUCCCCGCGCGCCCCCAGUGGAGCAGCGGCCCGGUCGGAGGAUGUUCGGCUCCUCAGUCUCGCAGGGCGCCCAGGGGGCCGCGCGGGCUGCACUGGGGGGCUACUCACAAGCAUACGGGACCGUGUGCCAGUCGGCACUGAGCCGCCUGGCCCUGCUCCCAGGGCCCCGCACCUGA